AUGUCUUCAUCAUCUUAUAAUCCUUACAAAAAUAACGUUAAUGAUAGAUUAAUCAACAAUUCAACUGACUCAUUCCAGGAUAACGAUCAAGGGAUUCCUAACAACAACGAUACAUUCUUAUCGAGAAUAUUUGGAUUAAAUUCAAUAUAUAAUCAACUUCAAGAUAAUUAUCAAUAUUAUGAUCCUGAAUUUGAUAGCUCUUUGAAUCAACAACUCCAACAAAGCAUCCAAGAAAAUGAUGAAGCUGAAGAUGAGUCUUUAUUACCGCAACACCAACAACAACAACAACAAGCUGCCCCUAUGGAUUUGUCCAUUCAAGACAAAUCUGCCAAACAAAAGAGUAAAUCCAGUAGUUUGUUGAAUUCUGAUUCCGAUUCUGAUUUGUCAUCUUCAGAAGAUUCAUACGUGCGACCUAAUAUACCUCAAAUUCCUUCCACCCCAAUUGAAACGGAGAAUCAGGGACUGUCGUCAAAGAUAAAGUUUCUGAUACCACAAAGAGCUAAGAACUUUGUUGGGAAAUUACAUCCCCAUCAUGAACCGACUCUACCAGUUUAUCAGACUCCGCAAGAAUUUCGAAGAAACUUGCCACAGCAGCAAAGAGCACUGGCAACUGUGAACACUAAUUAUCAGAGAACCAGGAAUAACAAUAGAAGAUUUAUUAUUCCACCCAAGGAAAGAGCAUUGUAUCUUUGGGCAAAUAUUACUAAUAUGGAUGAAUUUUUAAGUGACGUUUAUUAUUAUUAUCGAGGUCGAGGGUUAUUGAAUAUUGUUUUAUCACGAGGAUUUGAUUUAAUUAUUCUUAUAUUCAUUUUAAUUUUCACAGUAUUUUUGAAAUGGGGUAUUGAUUAUUCAAUUUUUUUCGAUAAUUUACAUCAAGAAGAAUCAAAACAUAUUACUUUAAACGAUAUGAUAAUCCCUAAUUAUUUUGCAACGAUACCUUUAUCGAUCAAAUUCAUAUUAUUUGGAUUCAGUGUAUAUAUAUUGUUGCGUCUGGUUCAAUUAUAUCUUGAUUAUAAUUAUAAAUUAAAAGAACUCAAAAACUUUUAUCAUUAUUUACUUGAUGUUACUGAUGAUGAAUUGAUGACGAUUAGUUGGAAAACCAUUGUUGAGAAAUUAAUGUUAUUAAAAGACUAUAAUAGUUUAACAUCAACCACCAAAUCAAAUAAUUUUCUGGAAAAUCAUUAUGUUAAUGAUUUAUCAUCUAAAGUACGAUUGAAUGCUCAUGAUAUUGCUAAUAGAAUCAUGAGACGAGAAAAUUAUAUGAUUGCUUUAAUUAAUAAAGAUAUCCUCGAUUUAUCAGUUUUAUUUAUGAAUGAAAAAUCGUUGUUAACGAAAACUUUAGAAUGGAAUUUGAAAUUAUGUAUUGAUAAUUUCAUAUAUAAUCAACAGGGGCAAAUCAAUGGGAAAAUUUUAAAAGAAUACAAUCGAAAUCAAUUAGCUCGAGAAUUAACUUCAAGAUUCAAAUUGGCGGCCAUUAUAAAUCUUAUAUUAUCACCAUUUAUUGUCAUUUAUUUUGUUUUAUUAUAUUUUUUCCGAUAUUUCAAUGAAUAUAAAUCGAAUCCAGCAUCAAUAUUGGGAUUAAGACAAUAUACUCCAUAUGCUGAAUGGAAAUUACGAGAAUAUAAUGAACUUUCUCAUCUAUUCAAUAAACGAUUAAUUAUGUCAAUGGGACCAGCAAAUACUUAUAUUGAUCAAUUCCCAAAAGGGUUUCUUGUGGUCAAUCUAAUGCGAUUAAUAAAUUUCAUUUCGGGGUCAAUUUUAGCUGUACUUGUAAUUAUGGGGAUUUUGUUAGAAGAUGAAAAUCAUUCAUUUUGGUCAUUUGAAAUCACUGAUGGUAGAUCAGCAUUAUUUUAUAUUCUGAUUUUUGGGACAAUUUGGGCUAUAACUGCUAGUUCAGCUACUGGUACUAGUCAUGAACUGACAAUAAGUACAACAAGUCAAUCUUCUAAUUCAAAUUCAAAUUCAAAUGCAGCAUCGACAUUUGUUUAUGAUCCAGAAGCAAGUUUACGAUAUGUGGCUCAAUUCACUCAUUAUUUACCUAGUUCAUGGAAUAAAAAAUUACAUACAAUUCAAGUUAAAAAUGAAUUUUGUCAAUUAUAUUGUUUGAAAAUCAUUAUUAUUAUAAAUGAAAUCCUAAGUCUGGUAUUGACUCCAUUUAUACUAUGGUUUAAAAUAUCUCAUAAUAGUGGGAAUAUUAUUGAUUUUUAUCGAGAAUAUAGUAUUCAUGUUGAUGGGUUAGGUUAUGUCUGUUAUUUUGCCAUGUUUAAUUUCGAAGAAAAAGAUAAAAAUAUGAUGAGUGAUUUGAAUAAAUCAAAGAAAAGAAGGAAAAGAAUGAAAAACAAAAUGAAUAAAUAUGGUAAGACAAAAAUGGUAAACCCAAUUCUGGGUAAAACAGUUAAUAGUGAAAUUGAAAUGACAAAAAUCUCCAAAAGUGAACUGGAAAGAAGUAGUGAUGAUGAAAGUGGAAAUGAACAAGAUUAUGAUAAUGAUGAAGAAUUGGAUUAUUUAUCGUAUAAAAAAGAUGAUAAAAUGAUUAAAUCAUAUAUGUAUUUCUUAGAAAGUUAUGGUGGAUCUAAACAGCCGCAACCACAACCACCACAACAACAACAACAUCCACAAAAUCAAAACCAAACUGUUGGUGGGUUACGAAAUCGAAAUCCAAUUCAAUCAAUUGAUCCAGCAAUAAUGACUGGGAAUUAUUAUGAUCAACAAAGUUUAAAUUCAUCGAUUUAUAAUAUAAAUUAUAAAUUUGAUGAUAGUGGACUAUUACAAGAUGAAACUAUGAAUUCUAGUUCAAGGAAAAAAGGAGGUGUUUUAGGUAUGUUGAAUCAAUUUUAUAAACAAGAUAUCAAUAGGUAA